AACUAUCAAGGUACUCUUUCGCACCACCGGUGCUCAAUACUAAAAGUCGAACCACCUACAUUUAAAUAAAAAAUAUUCGAAUGACCACAAAUCGGCCAACGAGCCGGAUACAACACUACACUAGUCUAUAUUAUAAGUAAUAUCUAAUAAAUAUUAAUCAUCUUAAUCCGUAAUCACACACAAACCAGCUUAAUUAUACCAAUUUAUCACGUUGAUCUAUAAUUAUUUCUUGGUCAUUGAUUUUUCAUUUUUGACUCCCAAACCCCAAUCCAUCUGUGUGACUGUGAUGACUGAUGAGCAGCUUCACAGCCUGCCACCCUUUUAGCCCAAUAAUUUAAUUCUCUUACCUCCAAAAAAACUGGCCGGCCAGAAAAAGACAAAAAAGGCCUAUUGGGCUCCACUCCACGCUCCAAUUAUAAAACCUCGGACCAGGCCCAUUCUUUCCCCACCACCAACUUCCUGAAUCCUGAUUCCCUCGCCGUUAUUCCCCCAAUUCCUCUCCUUCUUCUUCCACCGAGAAAACGCUGCCAUGGGGAAGCGCCUCAACAAUCUCAAGCUCUCUUUCUCAUUCUGCCGGAGCAAAAGAGGCGACGCCGUCGCCCCCGCCACCGCCUACCGCCUCUCCCCCUUCAACCCAAAAGCCUGCGACAUCAACUUCCCCAAGUUCCCCUCCCCGCCGCCGACCACACCCGACGACCUCGGCUUCGCCAACAGCAACCACCGCCGCCGCCGCCCGCCCCUCAGCAAGAUGGCGCCGAAUUACUCGAGGUCGUCGCCGUUCCACGACCUGUCGGCGUCCGAUUGCAGCAGCGACUCGAUGGAAUUCUCGGCGAGGAACGACGCCAAGUGGCAGGCCAGGACCAAUUACGCGAACAAAAUCAGCCUCCAGAGCUGCGAUUUCGGGCCGGGCGGCGGCGGCGGAGACCCGAACCCGGGAUCUCAGAACCCUAAACUGAAAAAAGGGGGCAAAAAAUCCGGCGCCGUGGUUGCGCCCUGCGACGAGAAGGAGGAAGAAGAAGAAGAAGAGGACGGCGUCGACGAGACGGAGAGCUUCUGCUACUCCUCGAGGAGCUUCUCGUUCGAUGACACGUCGUGCGAGUUCAGCAGCCGCGCCGGGGAGACGACGGGGAGCGAGAACGAGGAAGGGAAGCUGCUGCGGCGGGGGGCCGGGGGGACGGCUGCGGCGAACCCGAGUGCCGGACCGGCGCAGAGGAUGAAGGAGAUGCGGCGGCAGGCGCUGGCGGGGGGAGGGAAAUUGGGGCCGGCGGCGAUGGGGGAGGCGAUGGCGGUGGUGAAGAAAUCGACGAACCCGAAGGAGGAUUUCAAGAGGUCGAUGAUGGAGAUGAUAGCGGAGAAGGAGAUUUACGAUGCCAAGGAAUUGGAGGAACUGCUGCAGUGCUUGCUGUCGCUGAACUCGAGGCAGUACCAUGGAGAUAUCGUGGAGGCCUUCUCCGAGAUAUGGAAAGUGCUUUUCAUCAGUGAUUGAGAAAAUACACGAAUUACAGUCACUAGUAUGCUGGCGUGGCUGGUCUGUGUGUUUGAUGUCAGGUUGAUAUUGUUGUUUGGAUAUCAAUUCUUGUAAUCUAAAAUUGUCUUUUCAAAUGUAUGAAUAAUGUUUUUAUCUCAGUGUACCUACAGAAUGGCUGAAACGGCGAGGAGCAUGUAAUUUAGUGGCAAUAAUUCUUGUUUAUACGAACAUGUUACUAUGAUUGGAAAACUUUUGUACGUGGAAUGAGAUAACGAAUUACUACAAUCUGAUAUCAUUAAAUCAUAAAUUUUACAAUUACUAUACAACCAAUGAACUUAAUGUCGCAGUUGCCUUAUGCCCUUAUAUUUGAAUCGAGAAGGGGUGACCUACCUACUGAAUUGAGAGUCACUCUUCGCCGAAUUUUUGGACUCACAUAUUCGCACUCUCUUCUUUCCGUCGAUACUAAGAAUAGAAGAAAGGAACCAAUAUUUAGAUAUUAUCCAAACUUGUUAUUUUUUUUGACAAAUAAUCCAAACUUGUUAUUGAUCAGAUAAAAAUUUGAUAAUUUUGUCUAUGAGGCUUACUAGGGAUGGCAAUGGGUCGGGUCGAGGGCGGAUAGUGCCCUACCCAAUCUAGUUCGGGUUUUACCCAUACCCAUACCCAUAUCCACACGAAAAAUGGGUAGAAAAUCAAUACCAUGCCCAUACCCGUUCGAGUUUCGGGUAUCCACGGUUAUCCAUGGGUAAUAAUUUCUCCUUAUAAUUCCAACCAAUAUGUUAACAUUCACACGUAUACUCACAUUACGUAAGAGGAAAAGUACGACAAUAAUUCACUAGAAUGAAGAAAAUUAAAUAAAACAACAUUAUUUCAUGAAAAUAUUAUAUUUAUAUGCUAAAUAUAAAAUAUUCUAGAGAAAAAUAAUGAUUAUUUAUAGACAAAACACAUAUGCAUGUCUAUAAUCGGGCGGGUUCAGGUUGGAUAGUGAGAAAACCAUGCCCACCCAUUACCUAGGGGUGGGCAUACAGUUCGGUAAAACUGAACCUAACCGAACCGAACCGAAUAUAAAUCGAACCGAAACCGUAUUAAUGUUAUUCGGUUCGGAAUUCGGAAGAGAAAAGGGCAUAUUUCGGAAACCAGGGUCCUUUCGACCGAACCGAAUUUCCGAAUUUCCGAAUUCCGAACCGAAAAACCGAAUUAUUAUAAUUGCAAGCUCUAAAUGGUGGAUUUUUAUGUUUCUACUUAUUAUGAGACUUAAAUAUUUGAAUUAUGUUAGUGUUUUAUGACUUAUGUGUUGAAAUGUUUGAUUUUAUCAUUGAUGAUACAUAUUUAUUGUUUACAUUAGGGUGAAAAAUAAUUUAAAAAAGAGAAAAUACAAGCUAACCUCACUAUUUCGGUUUUGUAUGAAAAACCGAAUCGAACCAAAUUAUAAUUCGGUUUGAACCGACCGAACCGAAUUAUAAUUCGGUUCGAAUUCGGUUUGAGGUUUGAUAGAAUUCGGGGACCCGGUAUGCAUAAUUUUGGUUCGGUUUGAACCGAACCGACCGAAUGCCCACCCCUACCAUUACCCAUAAUAUUCGAGUUCGGAUUUUACCCUACCCGAUUAGGUUGGAUUCGGGUGGAUAUCUACGGUUACAGAUAUUUUUGUCAUCCCUAAGGCUUACCAAUACAAUUUUUUUUUUUCAUUUUGGGUCUGAAUUGGGGCCAUACUAUUGGAAGUCUAAACAUAAUAUUAUUUUUGUCUUACUUUUUGUUAUGAAACAAACAGAAAGGUGGAAACACCUAUAUUUGGGUUGAAAGUAGUUAAUGAAAUUGUUGGUUUUCUUUUUUUAUACUAUCAUCUACACUCAUUUGGGUCCAACCCAAAUAAAUUGAACCAAGUAGGAUGCAAUCCAAACUCAAUCCAAACUGAAAAAUAUUAAAAUUGCAUAAUGUAU